GAAGGUUCUGGGCUGCAAAGCUGAAGCUUUGGUUUCUGCUCUGAAUGAAGGACCUUUCCAGGACCCAAGGCCACACACUGGAAGUCUUGCAGCUGAAGGGAGGCACUCCUUGGCCUCCACAGCCGACCACAUGAAGGUGGUGCCAAGCCUCCUGCUCUCCGUCCUCCUGGCACAGGUGUGGCUGGUACCCGGCUUGGCCCCCAGUCCUCAGUCGCCAGAGGCCCCGGCCCCUCAGAACCAGACCAGCAGGGUAGUGCAGGCUCCCAGGGAGGAAGAGGAAGAUGAGCAGGAGGCCAGCGAAGCGAAGGCCGGUGAGGAAGAGAAAGCCUGGCUGAUAGCCAGCAGGCAGCAGCUUGCCAAGGAGACUUCAAACUUUGGAUUCAGCCUGCUGCGAAAGAUCUCCAUGAGGCACGACGGCAACAUGGUCUUCUCUCCAUUUGGUGUGUCCUUGGCCAUGACAGGCUUGAUGCUGGGGGCCAAAGGGCCGACCGAAACUCAGACCAAGAGAGGGCUCCACUUGCAGGCCCUGAACCCCACCAAGCCCGGGCUCCUGCCUUCCCUCUUUAAGGGACUCAGAAAGACCCUCUCCCGCAACCUGGAACUGAGCCUCACACAGGGGAGUUUUGCCUUCAUCCAUAAGGAUUUUGAUGUCAAAGAGACCUUCCUCAAUUUAUCCAAGAGGUAUUUUGAUACAGAGUGUGUGCCUAUGAAUUUUCGCAAUGCCUCACAGGCCAAAAGGCUCAUGAAUCAUUACAUUAACAAAGAGACUCAGGGGGAAAUUCCCAAACUGUUUGAUGAGAUUAAUCCUGAAACCAAAUUAAUUCUUGUGGAUUACAUCUUGUUCAAAGGGAAAUGGCUAACCCCAUUUGACCCUGUCUUCACCGAAGUCGACACUUUCCACCCGGACAAGUACAAGACCAUUAAGGUGCCCAUGAUGUAUGCUGCAGGCAAGUUUGCCUCCACCUUUGACAAGAAUUUUCGUUGUCAUGUCCUCAAACUGCCCUACCAAGGAAAUGCUACCAUGCUGGUGGUCCUCAUGGAGAAAAUGGGUGACCACCUCGCCCUUGAAGACUACCUGACCACAGACUUGGUAGAGACAUGGCUCAGAAACAUGAAAACCAGAAACAUGGAAGUUUUCUUUCCGAAGUUCAAGCUAGAUCAGAAGUAUGAGAUGCAUGAGCUGCUUAGGCAGAUGGGAAUCAGAAGAAUCUUCUCACCCUUUGCUGACCUUAGUGAACUCUCAGCUACUGGAAGAAAUCUCCAAGUAUCCAGGGUUUUACAAAGAACAGUGAUUGAAGUUGAUGAAAGGGGCACUGAAGCAGUGGCAGGAAUCUUGUCAGAAAUUAUUGCUUAUUCCAUGCCUCCUGUCAUCAAAGUUGACUGGCCAUUUCAUUUCAUGAUCUAUGGAGAAACCUCUGGAAUGCUUCUGUUUCUGGGCAGGGUGGUGAAUCCAACUCUCCUAUAAUUCAGGACAUGCAUAAGCACUUCGUGCUGCAGUAGAUGCUGAAUCUGAGGUAUGAAACACACACAGGAUACCAGCAAUGGAUGGCAGGGGAGAGUGUUCCUUUUGUUCUUAACUAGUUUAGGGUGUUCUCAAAUAAAUACAAUAGUCCCCACUUAUCUGAGGGGGAUACAUUCAAAGACCCCCAGCGGAUGCCUGAAACGGUGGACAGUGCUGAACCUUAUAUAUAUUUUUUCCUACACAUACAUACCUAUGAUAAAGUUUAAUUUAUAAAUUAGGCACAGUAAGAGAUUAACAACACUAAUAACAACAUUAAGUAAAAUGAGUUACUUGCACGCAAGCACUGCAAUACCACAACAGUCAAACUAAUUACAGAGAAGGCUACUAAGUGACUCAUGGGCGAGGAGCAUAGACAGUGUGGAGACAUUGGGCAAGGGGAGAAUUCACAUCCUGGGUGGGACAGAGCAGGACAAAGCAAGAUUUCCAUCCCACUACUCAGAAUGGCAUGCUGCUUAAAACUUUUAGAUUGUUUAUUUCUGGAAUUUUUCAUUUAAUGUUUUUGGACCAUGGUUGACCAUGGUUAACUGAGACUGCAGAAAGCAAAACCAUGGAUAAGGGAGGACUACUACAAAAGCAUUAUAUUGAUACAUAUUUUUUAAGAUGUUUGUGCAAUCUGGUAUUUUAAGCUUGUUUCUAAGAACCUUAGUUAUUUGGCUAAAGACUAGCUGGGUAGAAUAUCUUUUCUCUGUUGCUCACAUAUUUGGAUUUUUAAAAAGUUAUAGAUGAGAACGCUAUGUCAAGAUGAAGCCUUUGGGAGGAAGACAUGUACACAUUCUCCUUGAGUCAUGUGCUUCUCUCUCUUUCCUUCUCUCUGGUGCAAAAUAAGUGUUUUAUUUUAAUCUAUUAUGGAGUUAUUUCUUGCUGACUGACAUCAGAAGAAAAUAGCUCUAACCAGUCCUGAUCACAGCAUCUGCUUCCAUGGUGCAUCAAAUCGCUUGGCAGAGGCACUGGCUGAACCACAGAUCAUCUAGUUCAAUACCUUCAUUUUACAAAGGAAGGAAAGAGGGACCCAGAAACAGGUCCACAUUCUUACUUUCAUGGGCCCUAGGCACGUUUAACCUCAUAGACUCCUCCUUCCUUCAUGAAGAUAUGGCUGCAUUGGUAGAAAGAUGAAAAUAUUCGUCUUUCAAAGUUGCAUAUCUAGCUUCAAAGUUAUAAGUCUAGCAUAUGGCAAUAAGCAAAACACCUUCAUGGGCCCUUACAAUACUGUCGGCCUUGGGCACUGUGUCUUCUGCAUCUAGUGGAUAAGUCAUACCUUAUAUUCCCAUACAGUGGGACAAAACACUUGUCCAAGGUCUUCCAGUGUGGCAGUGGCAGAGUCAGAGGCCUACCUUUCCUGACUCUAGUCCCCAAGCCCUUUUUACUCUUCCUUCCAUAUAAAAUAUCUGAUGCAGACCAGGUAAACAGCAUGCACUACAGCUACCCAUGAGGGUUAAACAGAAUAUAAGCACGAACUUUGUCCCAGGGUGAAAAGGAAAAUCGUAAAUAUCCCUGAUGUUCCUUAGGCAGUCAUUUUCUGUCACAGAAACAGAAAAGACUAUAUUCAGAGAAUCCUGAAUAAAGCUAAUUUACAGUGUCAACUAUGUGAACUAAAUGCCUAAUUGCAUUUCUGUCUGUCUGCUAUCUAAUGUUUAAAAAAACCUAAAAUUCAUUUAUUGAUUAGUUGUUUAAUAUAAUUCAGAGUAAUGUGAAUACGUAAUAAUAUUAAUAUGCAGUCUAAAUACUGACUUAUGGAAUGAUGAAAAGUCAGUAUUUAGACUGCAUAUUAAUAUAAUAAAAUUCAUUCCUGUAUUCAUUCCAAGAGUAGUAAUUGACACUUAUGAAGUGACAGGCAAUUCUAGGCCCUAGAGGGCCAAAGACAGAGGACUAACUCUAACUGACAUUCUUAAGUCACCUUGUUUGUGUUCAAUUAGUCAGAUUUGUUUGUGGAAAAAUAGUAGAAAGAGGAAUAAAGUAGAAUCCAGUCAAAUUUCCCACUUUUAAGAGAUGAAAUCUGGAAAAAUAAGUCUGUGAGAGCACAAUACUCACUGAAAUCAAUAUGGCCAAACCCAGUAAUAAAAAGGUACCUUAUUAUCGAAGGAUUCAUAUAGCAUGCAGAUAAAAAACUCCUGCCUUCUUCCCACCACAUACACUGCAAAGCAACAACAGCAUAAUAAUUGUACUUAAUAUACUACUCUUUAAGGUAGAAAAUGGACCUAUUCUAUAUUUUAAAUAUACUGUUUAAUGUUCCCCCACAUUUGCUUUAAGAAGUUCCUAAGACAGUUUCAGAUUUCCCAAGUACACAGGCAUGACAGAAAAACGCAGACCAAUAAAAAAUGUAACUUACCUUACACAAAUACACACACACAAAUUCAGGGUUUCCCACUGAGCGGGGGAAAUCUUAACAUUGUACAAGUCUUCAUGAUAUAUGUGUCGAGUUUUUGUUUUUGUUUUUGUUUUGAGACGGAGUCUUGCUCUGUCACCCAGGCUGGAGUGCAGUGGCGCGAUCUCAGCUCACUGCAACCUCCACCUCCCGGGUUCAUGCCAUUCUCCUGCCUCAGCCUCCCGACUAGCUGGGACUACAGGUGCCCGCCACCACGCCCGGCUAUUUUUUUGUAUUUUAAGUAGAGAUGGGGUUUCACUGUGUUAGUCAGGAUGGUCUUGAUUUCUUGACCUCGUGAUCUGCCUGCCUCGGCCUCCCAAAGUGCUGGGAUUACAGGCAUGAGCCACCACGUCCGGCCAAGUGUCGAGUCUUAAAAAUUGUUCCUACACAGACACACUCAACCACACAUUCUCACAUAUACAUGCUGUAACAACUGAGAACAGGUUACUGACUUAAUCUAAUUCAUUUUAUCCUCAUUGUAAAACUUCUACUCCAGCUGAAGAGCCUGUUUCAUUUCAAUUCAAAGAUUUCUCAUAUAUCCACUAAUUGUACGGCAAAACUGACUCAUCUCCAGACUAAGAUAUUCAAGCUCAGGAAGUCAAAUAAUAGAAAUGAUUUUUUAAAUGUGUAUGAGGUUAUAAAGAAAAAUUUUAUGUGCUCCUUAUUUAACCUCUAUUAAGUAAAAUCCUUUAUAGACCUAUCUCCAUUUCUGCAGUAAAAGUGAGCUCUACAGUUAGCUUGUAAGGCUAACUAGUGAAAUUCUUGGACUUGUUCUUAAAAAUGCAAGUUUUAGUAAUUGACAAAAUGAUGAUGAAGAUGUCCCUUGUCACUACAGCUACAGAUCGAGGGAGAUUUUUCUUUGCCAUACAACUAGCUUAAAGGAUUAAUUUGAUAAGUUGUUAAACUGAGAACUUUCACAAAAGCAUCCAUCUUGUUUUUGAUAUAAAUGGAGAUACAUGUAGUUAUUCAUAAAUGUCACUAAUUUGCUGUUUAUCCUGUUUCUAUAUAUCUGUCCUUGAGAGUAUAAUUUUAAUAAAUAUUUCAAAGAUUUUAGGAAAUGUCAUGUUCUGUUAAAAAACUUCCAAAAGGAAUUUUGAUGAACAGUUUUGAUAACUUAGUACUAACUAGGACUAAGACUGCAAUUGACUGCUCUACA